AGCCACUCCAUAGCUCAUCAAGCAGUUCGAACACUCCAUUUGGUUGUCAUUUUCAACUAUAAUCCACCACAACUCGUGCAACAUCAGCUCACUCGUGUUCCCAACCGCGACAAAGCUUCACAGAUGGAGGCUCAGAACCAAGAGGUCGCUGCCCUGGUCGAGAAGAUCGCCGGCCUCCACGCCGCCAUCUCCAAGCUGCCGUCGCUGAGCCCAUCCGCCGAGGUGGACGCGCUCUUCACCGACCUCGUCACGGCGUGCGUCCCGGCGAGCCCCGUCGACGUGGCCAAGCUCGGCCCGGAGGCGCAGGCGAUGCGGGAGGAGCUCAUCCGCCUCUGCUCCGCCGCCGAGGGCCACCUCGAGGCGCACUACGCCGACAUGCUCGCCGCCUUCGACAACCCGCUCGACCACCUCGCCCGCUUCCCGUACUACGGCAACUACGUCAACCUGAGCAAGCUGGAGUACGACCUCCUCGUCCGCUACGUCCCCGGCAUUGCCCCCACCCGCGUCGCCUUCGUCGGGUCGGGCCCGCUGCCGUUCAGCUCCCUCGUGCUCGCCGCGCACCACCUGCCGGACGCGGUGUUCGACAACUACGACCGGUGCGGCGCGGCCAACGAGCGGGCGAGGAGGCUGUUCCGCGGCGCCGACGAGGGCCUCGGCGCGCGCAUGGCGUUCCACACCGCCGACGUGGCGACCCUGACGGGGGAGCUCGGCGCGUACGACGUCGUGUUCCUGGCGGCGCUCGUGGGCAUGGCGGCCGAGGAGAAGGCCGGGGUGAUCGCGCACCUGGGCGCGCACAUGGCGGACGGCGCGGCGCUCGUCGUGCGGAGCGCGCACGGGGCGCGCGGGUUCCUGUACCCGAUCGUCGAUCCCGAGGACGUCAGGCGUGGCGGGUUCGACGUUCUGGCGGUGUGCCACCCGGAGGACGAGGUGAUCAACUCCGUCAUCGUCGCCCGCAAGGUCGGUGCCGCCGCCGCCGCCGCCGCGGCGCGCAGAGACGAGCUCGCGGACUCGCGCGGCGUGGUUCUGCCGGUGGUCGGGCCGCCGUCCACGUGCUGCAAGGUGGAGGCGAGCGCGGUUGAGAAGGCAGAAGAGUUUGCCGCCAACAAGGAGCUGUCCGUCUAACAGCCGGACGAUCGAAAGGCGCACUAUAUUAUGGCAAUAAAUCAUUUGAUUAUACUUAUGCUGCAUUUGCGAAGCUAAGGUAUACUAUGCAAGCCAUAUGUUUGUGUUCGUACGUGUUGUUUGGGACGUACAGUUGUGUUGUUGUACGUCGUGAAGUACUGAAGUGUUCACAGUAGAUCACAAGUUCACAGCAAUCAAUGAGGACCCUGUAAGCCAGUGUAAACGAGGAACAUGCCAUCUGUGUAUGACAGUGAGAAAUUAUAUAAGAAAAACAUUUUGUGACAAAA